UUUCAUUUCAUCACUAUUAAUAUUGUUUUUUUCAAUAAUUAUAAUUGUUUGUUUGAUAUUGGUUUUUUAUAAAUCUGGUUCAUCCAAAUAUUUUCGCCCACCAAAGGACCACACAAUAUAAAUACAUUCGAAUACUCGACGUUGAUGUGUGUUUAUUGUGGUUUAUCAUAACCAUAUUGAACAACAUAGCGACGAAUAAUGGACACUGCCAAACGUUGUGCCGAAGAUUUUGUUUUUCACAGAAUCAUCGGUGAAGGAUCAUUCUCAGUUGUUUAUCUUGCUCGUGAUGUUCAUACAAAAUGUCUAUGUGCGGUGAAAGUAUGUGAAAAAUCGCAUAUUCAUCGUGAAAAGAUGCAAAAAGCAAUCCUUCGAGAAAAACAAAUUAUGAAAUAUUUGACGGAAAAACAAUCGAAAUUUUUCAUCAAAUUAUUAUCAACAUUUCAAGAUGAUACCCGAUUAUUUUUUGUCCUAAAUUAUUGUGUGAAUGGUGAAUUAUUAUCAUUCAUCAAUCAACGUGAGAUAUUCGAUCAUAAAGCCACAUUGUUUUAUGCAGCCGAAAUUCUUUUAGCUCUUGAACAUCUUCAUCGUUAUGAUAUUGUUCACCGUGACCUAAAACCUGAAAAUAUAUUACUGAAUGAAAAAAUGCACAUACAAAUCACUGAUUUUGGUUCGGCAUUCUUCCUAAAUGAUCCAACGGGUGAAAAGAAUGAUCCAUUCGAAGCCAAAUACUCACAACAACACCGUGGCCGUAAAAAUUCAUUUGUCGGAACAGCACAAUAUGUAUCACCGGAAAUGUUGACCAAUAAAAAAAUAACCGGCAUGUGUGAUUUAUGGGCAUGGGCUUGUAUGCUAUAUCAGAUGAUCACUUCAUCACCACCAUUUUCCGGUGGUAAUGAAUAUAGUAUUUUUCAGAAAAUACAAAAUUUAGAUUAUAAAUUCCCGGAAAAUUUUCCCGAUGAUGCAAAAGAAUUGAUUCAAUCAAUAUUAAAAAUUGAUCCUACACAACGUCUUGGUGCUGAUGACGAUGUUAAAAACAGUGUUGGUUAUAUUUCCAUACGAAAUCAUAGAUUUUUUAAUUCAUUAAAUAAUGAUUGGAAUCUACUUGAUAAACAACCUCCACAGCAAUUAUUAGCCGUUGCUCGUAAUGAUACAUCGAUGGAAGAAUUAUGUGCUGAAUUUGAAUCAAUGAAUUUAUCCCCUGGUUUGAAUGAAAAACAAAUCACUCGGCUACUUUGUCUUUCAUUGCAUCAAGAAUCUGAUUCAUUCAAACCUAACAAUGCCAAUAAUUGUGAUAAUACUAAAACGACGACUAACAAACGUAAACAUAUAUUGGAUAUAUCGGCCAAAGAGUUUGAAGAACGUUUACGUAAACAAAAAGAAACGAACAAAUUCCAUCCGUUUGUCGAAAACAAUCUUAUUAUAAAGCAAGGUUUGAUCGAUAAGAAAAAAGGUUUCUUUCCAAGACGUCGUAUGUUCCUGUUGACAACAGGACCACAUUUAUAUUAUGUUGAUCCGGCCAAUAUGGUUCUUAAAGGUGAAGUUCCAUUCUGUAAGGAGAUGCGAACUGAAGCGAAAAAUUUUCGUAAUUUCUAUAUACAUGUUCCAAACCGAACGUACAUUCUCGAAGAUAUAACAAAUAAUGCACCCGGUUGGUGUGAAAUAAUAGACGAAGUGAAAAAAUAUGCCUUACAAGAUCAAUUAGCCUCUACCGUUACAACUAACGCUGGUGAUGAUGAUAAUAGCUUACAUAAUCAACAACGACAAUCAUCCAAAUUACCGGAUCAACAGAAUAUGAAUAAUGGUCUAAUGAAAAUCAACAACAAUAAUAUUAGUAAUAUUAAUGUCAAUAGCAAUAUCAGUAGUAAUAUAAAAAAAUCAAAAAAUAGUCUUUUCAAUUUGAAUAUCAAAAAAAUGACUGUCGCCAAUACGGCCGCCAAUAAUCAUAGUACAACAGCAGCUACUACUGCCGAAAAUAGUGGUGUUAGUGGUGGUAAUUAAGAAUAAUGGAUAGGAAACAAAUUUCGAAAUUUUUAGAUAAAUGCAAAAAGAAAAUUCUUUAAUUAAUUUUCAUUUAUCAUUAUCAUCAUAUAAUCUU